AAGACAAUUUAUGCUUUAUCAGAAUAAAGCAUGUCAACAUGUAUAAAGUGUUUGCAGACAGUGAAACUAAAUUUGAAUACAAUCAACAUUUUAAAUUUGCUUUUUAACUGAUGCCAGACAAAAAAAAACUAAUAUUCCAGUGUUAAUGAGACAUUUUAUAUCAAGUUAUUUGGUUUUACACAAUAAAAAGUUAAAUCUCUCCAGUAAUUUGAUUAAGUACUCUGCUAAUUAGUAGUAAGUGAGGUAACACACAAAUGACACAAAUCUGUGUUUAUGAUGAAGAUGAGCAUUAGAUUAAGUCAUAUUGGAGCACGAGAUCAGAUCAAGAGUCUGUUUGCCGUGUUUCAUCAGAUGAAUUUUAAUUCUGUCUGGAUCGGUUCUGUAGUUUUAAUCAGUCUGAUCCCUGUUACACAGCUCUGGGAUACAAACUCACUCUGCUGAUGGUGCUGGACACGAGUGAAUAUGACCUGAAGAUACACAAGAGAAUAAACAACGACAUAGAUGAUCCAGUUUGUAGAGUAAAACAUGGCACGAUGAGGAUGACUGAAUGUGAUCUUUAUAAUAACAGACCUGAAGUGACAGUCAUUAAUGGGAUUCUGAUAAUAAACCGUGUGAUCAGAGCAGAUUCAGGGAUUUACAGAUUAAUUCUCACUGAUCACUCAUGGACCACAGUAACAUCUGGAGAUCUUCAAGUGAUUGUUGAAGCUCCUAUUGGCUCAGUGGAAGUGUCAAUCAUCUGCUCCUCCAGUGGGGUGAUGAGGGUGUUCUGCUCCUCUGAGGGGGAUCAGCUCCUCUACAGCUGGACUCUGAAUGGAGAUCCACUGAUGGAUGGAAACAGCAGCAUUGAUCUGGAUGAGAGAACUGAUGGAAACAUCAGCUGCAGCGUGAAGAACCACGUCAGUCACGCACAGAAGACCAUUAGACUCAAACCCUGUCCUGCUCAUCUCAGGACUUCUCGACCAAUCAUCGUGGAGAAUGACUCUCAUGAGCACAAGUUAACAUUCCUGCCGCACUUAGUGUCUGUGGUGUUUGUGCUGGUCUGGUGUUUCCAGCUGAUGGUUCUGUUGGGUCUGUUAGGAGCUUUUCACAUCUACAUGAGACACACGUCAGGAGAGAAACAGGAAGAUCAGAAAGUGAGGAUGAGAAGAUUUAGAGAAGGACAUGAACACACAGCAGAAGAUUCAUGAGAGCAGCAGCAGAUCAUCACAUCUAUGAGAAAUGACUUCAUAAUCUCACCAAUUCUUACAUUAAUUCAGCUUUCAGCUGUCGAAUAAAACCAGGAGACAGAAGCUUAUAAAAUCGACACUGAUCUUUACAUGUGUUUAUUUCUUGUAGAGUAUGUUGAUGUGUUUCUGGACUUUGUGAGCAUUAUUUCUGUCAGGUAAUCAGAAAUGAACGAAUUAAACCAGACUGACUACACAUUCAUUAGUCUUUAUGCUUUGAAUGAACUAGCAGUAUUUUGGUUUUAUUACAUGGAACACCUUUUUUCAUUCAUGAUAAAACUCUUCUGGCAGAUUGUGAAGUUAUUCUUUGUGUUUGUUUUCCACAUCUGGAGUUAUUUUAUAUUUCUGCUUCUGCUGUCUCAUUUAGUAUCUGUAUCUUCAUUUACAGUGUCUGAUCAGAUGUUUUAACUGUUCAAAUCUGUUCCUCUUGAUCUGUGUCUCAGUUUUAGGUUGUCACUGUUAAAAUAAUAUUAAAUGUGAUCUGGACAACGUUUUCACUGGGUUUCACUGAUUUGUUUUGCUUUGUUUUAAUUUUAGGCUCCACAUCACAAAUGCAUUUCAGACACCAUUUCUAUUGUAUUAUAUUGCA